GUCCAUCUCCCCCUGACUGGAUCACAGGACCGACAUCAUCAUCCGCCGUCCACCCUGACAAGGACAACAGCUCCCGCAUACAUAAACAAAAUAAACCGCAGGGACAGGACAAUCUUGUGUUUUGAAAGAAAAGGUCAGAAAUCGCAUCGAGAUCGGCAAGAUGCUGGCCUGUACAGAGAUGAUCACCAUGUGUCUGCAGUCUGCCAAGCACGAGCACUUGAGAAAGCAGCAGGAGCUUGACCGCAACCACAAUCAAGGCAUCUCUCUUGUUCAGGAUAUAUUCCGCCGGGCAGACAAAAAUGACGACGGGAAGCUGUCCUUGGAGGAGUUCCAGUCAUACUUUACUGAUGGUAUCCUCACUGAAGAACAGAUGCAGGAGCUGUAUAACUCCAUCGAUAGGCAGCAGACAGACAACCUGGAGAUAGACAAACUCUCAGAGUACUUCACUCCACAUCUGGGAGAAUAUGUCAAUGUCCUGUCUGCUCUGGAAAAGCUGAAUGUGGCCAUUUUGAAGGCCAUGGACAAAACUAAAGAGGAGUACCAGGGUUCAUCGGUGCUGGGUCAGUUUGUGACGCGCUUCUUGCUGAGGGAGACCUCCACCCAGCUACAGUCCCUUCAGUCAUCACUGGACUGCGCAAUGGAGGCUGUUCAUGACCAGGGCUGUACAGGGAGGAGGAUACUGAAGAAGCCUGAGGACCUGCCUAUCCAGAGGGCUGCCAAACGCCCAGGCCGACGCAUUCAGAAGAACAUGUGUCUGUCCCCUACUGACCCCUACUCUGGCAUGCUCACCACAGGGGUCAGCGUGGAGCCAGACAACCACUGGGGCUCCCAGAUCAACCAACUGGAGCAGCUCAUGGACAAACUGGAGUGUGAGAGCCCACAUCUUGAACCUCUCAAAGAGGACACACUGGCAGGAACAUAUAAUUCGAACAUACUUCUGGUCCAGAGGCAAAUGUCUGUGAAGGAGAGGGAUGUGGAGCAGUUUCAGCAAGCUCUGAAAAUCUACACAGAUGCCACCAGCAGCCAGCCGAAUAACCUGCACGUUUCAGUCCAGAACCUGCCAGACAGAUCAUGCUUCAUAAUGUAUGAAUUUUGGCAGGACCGUCUCUCUUGGAUGAGCUACCUGCAGUCGUCCAUCAGUAAGACAUUCCAGCGCUGCAUUAUCGACUCACUGGAAGGGCCGGAGAUGGUCUCCACCAUGCUCCUUCCAGCCUCUUGGUGGAUUAUGAACAACAACUGACAGAGCAAAGCUGCUGCUGUUCAACACCAUAAAAGCAGGAGGAAGAGGCGAUUGUAUAAUCGUUUAAUCUUUUUACUCUCUGAUAUCUACUUUUUCCUCAUGGCAUAAUCAGGAUUGUUCUUGCAAAGCUAUGCGCAGAGGUUAUAUAAAAAAAAGAAGACUACUUGGAUAAACCAGUCAACAGUGAAACUAACUAAAAUCUAUGGAGAGGAAGAAUCAAGGUAAUGCAAUAUUUUAUUGUGUGAUCAAGAUCUGUACCAACAUUCAUUUAACAGUCUUGGCACAUUUCAUGCUUCUGAUUUAAUAGAAACACACAAAAGAAAAAAACUCUGAAAAAACAAUUAUUUGCAUGAUUUCUUAUUUCUCAGUGCUAGUUUAUUUCAAUCAAAACUACAUCUUAGAAUAGAUAUGUUGUCAGUGAUGCCACAGAAAUAGAAACAUAUGAAUGACAACUGAUCUGUCCAUCCUAUCGUCACUAUCUAUCACUCAUUCUUCAGCACAGACAAAAGCAGAAAAAGUUUUAGGGUUAACUUGCAUUUCCCCUUGUUCUGUCUGUGGUAUUGUGCUUUGUUGUCUCCUUCAAAGCUUUGCUACCAAGCGUCUUUUUCUUGAUGGGUUAGACAGCCAUUAGAUAAAACAUAGUUAAUGAACGAUUAUGGUCCACACCUAAACUUUUAUCCGUUGUGUCACUCCUGCACUUUAGAAAAAUAUGAAACAUGGACCUACUUGUGACGGAUGGAUAUUUAUUGUAGACUGUCUAUUGAACAUGUAGCUGUAACUGCUGUUAUAACAAGCUGCACUGAAGUGUAGUGAGACAUUAGCGGAUGAUAACAAUUAACCAAAUAAUUCUCAAUAAUUAAACUCAAAAGCCAUUAUUUUACAUUUGCAGUCUGUAUCUGUACAGUACGCACAAAAUAGAAGUUUAUAUUUUGCGUACAGAAAUUAAGAAGAAACUGUUCAAUAUAAUGACAAUAGAAAGAAGUUCUAUAAAGAUUGUAUACAGUAGUUAAUGAAAGAUAGAAAGAUGUAAGUAAUUGUUGUAGAACAUUGGUAAAUGUAUAGUAUGAUAGUAUGUUGAGCUUUGGUUGCUCUGAUAAUGCGAGGAAUGAAUGUGUUCACUCUUUUCUGAAGUGUUUAUCCUUUCUUUUAUGAAGAAUAUACAGUUGUUAUGUGGAUGCUAUGUUUGUUUUCUGGCAUGAAAUAAAGUUCAUGACUUGAAAUGUC